AUGUCCAGGAGAGAUUCCAUGAUAAUCAAACGCCCUCUGAAGGAAUCCUUCGAGGCGAGAUCUUCUAGAGCCCCUCAGGAGCCCCUCAGAGCCCUCAGGAGCCCCUUAAGAGCCCUCCUCAGACCCCCAGACCACUCCCCAGGACCUCCCAGGACUACCCCCAGGACCUCCUCAGUACCCCUGAAAAUGGUGAAGGAUCUCAGGAGCCCCUCAGGACCCCCCAGGAGCCCCUCAGGACCCCCAGAGCCCUCAAGACCCCUCAGGAGCCCCCCAGGACCCCCAGACCUCCCAGGACACUCCCAGGACCUCCUGACCACCUCAGGACCUCCCAGUCACCCUGAAAAUGGUGAAGGAUCUCCAGGAGCCCUCAGGACCCCCUCAGAGCCCCUCAGGACCUCAGACCUCCCAGGACUAUCUCAGGACCUCCCAGGACCACCCCAGGACCUCCAGUACCCGGAAAAUGGUGAAGGAUCUCUCAGGAGCCCCAGGAGCCCUCAGGACCCCCUCAGGACCUCCCAGGACUCACCCUGGACCCCCAGUACCCGAAAAUGCAGGCUUCAGCAGGCUUCACGAGGCUCCACCAGGCUUCAGCAGGCUUCACGGGGCUCCAGCAGGCUUCACGAUGCUCCACCAGGCUUCAGCCAGACUCAGAGCUUCACCAGACUUAGAGCUCCAGCAGAGCCACCAAGGCUUCACCAGGCUUCAGCAGGCUCCAGCAGGCUUCAGCAGGCUUCACGAGGCUCCAGCAGGCUUCACGAUGCUCCACCAGGCUUCAGCCAGACUGAGCCACCAGACUUAGAGCUCCAGCAGGCUUCACCAAGGCUUCACCAGGCUUCAGCAGGCUCCAGCAGGCUUCAGCAGGCUUCACGAGGCUCCAGCAGGCUUCACGAUGCUCCACCAGGCUUCAGCCAGACUCAGAGCUUCACUCAGACUUAG